AUGGCUCCUCAAAGAAGGAAACAGAGUAACCUUCCUGAAGGCUACUCGGAAGACCAUUCGAAAGGGGCCAUGCUACGGUUCGAAGACUCACUGCCACGCCUACCUGUACCGACCCUUGAAGAGACGGCAAAGCGCUACCUCAAGUCUGUCCAUCCUCUAGUCUCCCAAUCCGAGUAUGAGCGCACGGAAAAGGCUGUCAAGGACUUCAUCGCGCCGGGCAGUCUUGGCCACACACUCCAGAAACGACUUCAGGAGCGACGUGACGACCCUACAAGGAAGAGCUGGCUAUCUGAAUGGUGGAACCAAGCUGCCUACCUGGGAUACCGUGACCCGGUCGCGCCUUUCGUCUCCUACUUCUACAGUCACCGGGAUGACCGGAAGCGAAGAGACCCCGCCAAGCGCGCGGCUGCCAUCUCGACUGCUGUGCUGGAGUUCAAGAGGCAGGUAGACGAUGGCAGUCUCGAGCCUGAGUACAUGAAGAAGCUUCCGAUGGCCAUGAGCUCGUACGAAUGGAUGUUCAAUGCCUGCAGAAUCCCAGCCAAGCCAGACGAUCACCCCGUGAAGUAUCCCGCGAGCGAGAACAAGCACAUUAUCGUCGUUCGUAAGAAUCACUACUUCAAAGUUCCUCACGAGCACAAUGGACAGGUGCUGAACACGAGCGAGCUGGAGUCACAAUUCAACAAAGUGUACCAGUUUGCAGAGAAACAGCCAGGUGUUGGGAUCAUGACUACGGAGAACCGCGACAACUGGACUGGCAUGCGCGAACGGCUGAUUAACGGCAACGCCGGUAACAAGGCCGUCCUUGAAGCCAUCGAAUCCGCGUCCUUCGUCGUCUGCCUCGAUGAUGCUACACCCGUCACGCUGCACGAGCGAUCAUACCAGUACUGGGUCGGUGAUGGCAUGAACAGGUUCUUCGACAAGCCCCUCCAAUUCAUCAUCAACGACAACGGCACUUCUGGCUUCAUGGGCGAACACAGCAUGAUGGACGGCACUCCAACCCACAGACUGAAUGACACCGCGAUGAGCUGGAUCUUCAAUGAAAAGCUAGACUUCGACAAUCCCGAGAAGCGCUCAGACAUCCCGGACCCGACACCUCUCAAGUUCCAGCUGAACGGUGAAAACAUGGCAGAUAUCGCUCUGGCCACCACCCACCACGUCGGUCGCAUGAGCCAGCAGGAGCUCCGCGUAGAAGCGUACCAGGGCUACGGAAAGGGGCUGAUGAAGAAGCUCAAAUGCUCGCCAGAUGCUUACGUCCAAUUGCUCAUUCAGCUGGCAUACUACAAAUUCUACGGCAAGAGCCGACCAACCUACGAAUCAGCAGCUACUCGUCGUUUCCAGGAGGGCAGGACAGAAACCUGCCGAUCUGUCUCAGACGAGAGCGUCGCCUUCUGCCAGGCCAUGUCGCACCCGCUGUCGACCAAAGAAGAGUGCCAAGAGCUGUUCAAGAAGGCUAUUAAUGCCCACGUCACCUACAUCACCGAUGCUAGUGACGGCAAGGGCAUUGAUAGGCACCUGUUCGGCUUGAAGAAGCUCAUAAAGGAAGGCGAGGAAGUCCCAGAGCUGUACAAGGACCCGGCGUACACGUACAGCAGCACCUGGUACAUCAGCUCUUCCCAGCUGAGCUCGGAAUACUACAACGGGUACGGGUGGUCGCAGGUCAUUGAUGAGGGCUGGGGCAUGGCAUACAUGAUCAACGAGAACAGCAUCCAAUUCAACAUCGUCAGUAAGAAUCUCGGCGCCGAGCGCAUGGCCUUCUUCCUCAACGAGGCGGCGGGCGACAUCCGGGACAUCAUGAUGCCCACGUUGGAGACCAAGGCGAAGCUUUAG